AUGUGCAUUAUAUGCUUCACUAAAGCUCUUGGCCACGUGUUUAAAACAUAUUUGACGGCCAGCUACAACUUUGAGUUCAGGAGCUGGCCCGUGGACUUCCGAUGGGAUGAGGCAGGCGGCAAGGAUAGCAGGCCUGGCUCCCGGGCUGCGUCCCAGACCACAGCCAGAGAGGGUCUGCUGAGAUCAGCUCGGCACGGAGGGCCUAGGACCGCCCAGUAUAACUACCUCCGCAAGAUGAAGCAGUUGCCUGGCCAGCUGGUCUGUUACAUGGUGGCUCACUCCUUAGGCCGAUGGCUGCUUUACCCGGGCUCCCUUUACCUCAUGCAGAAAGCCCUGCUGCCUUUACUGGUGAAGGGGCAGGCUCGCCUGCUGGAGGAGUUUCACGGGAAGCGGGCCAAGCUGGUGGCUCGCGAUGGGAACGAGAUCGACACCAUGUUUGUGGACAGGAGAAAGAGCUCAGGGAUGGAGGAGGAGCAGCGAGGGAAGCAGCUGGUGAUCUGCUGCGAGGGGAAUGUUGGUUUCUAUGAAAUGGGGUGUCUCUCCACCCCACUGGAGGCUGGCUACUCGGCCCUGGGGUGGAACCACCCUGGCUAUGCUGGGAGCACGGGCCUGCCCUUCCCACAGAAUGACGCCAACGCCGUGGACGUGGUGAUCCAGUAUGCCAUCUGUCGUCUGGGUUUCCGGGUGCAAGACAUCAUCCUCUAUGGCUGGUCCCUGGGGGGCUACACAGCCACCUGGGCCGCCAAGACCUACCCGGAGCUGGGGGCCCUAGUGCUGGACGCCACCUUCGACGACCUGCUCCCCCUGGCCCUAAAGGUCAUGCCCAAGAGCUGGAACAAGCUGGUGGUCCGGACGGUGAGGCAGCAUUUCAACCUCAAUGUGGCCGAGCAGCUCUGCAGCUACCCGGGGCCGGUGCUGCUGAUCCGGAGGACUGAGGAUGAAGUCACCACCACCCGCAUCAGCGCCGCGGACCAGCUCGCUGACAUCAGGUCCAACAGAGGCAAUGAACUGCUCCUGCAGCUUCUGAAGUUCCGCUAUCCCGAGGUCAUAUCCUGGGAAGGGGAGGCGGCCGUCCGUCACUGGCUGCGAGCCUCCAACCCGAGGCAGGAAGAGGCCGUCUGCAGACGCUUCGAGGUGGAUGAUGACUGGUGUGUCAGCAAGUUGCAAGGCUACAAAUCCCGUCUCGGAAGUGAAGACAGCUUCCCCUGGAGGGUCGGGAAGGACGUGACCCCCAGGAGAAGGCAGCAGCUGGCCUUGUUUCUGGCCAGGAAGCACAUGAAGAAUGUGAAGGCCACACACUGGUCUCUCUUACUGCCCAAUGAGUUCCAGAUGCCCUGGAAGCUGUAG